UGUAAGUUGAAUAGUGAUGUAUCACAUGAUGUAGUUAACAGCGAAUUAAUUAAACAUUAAUGGUUUUAAGGAAAUAAAUGGAAGUACACUUGGACACGUGCGUAUUAAGGUGAAUACGGGAAAAGUGGACAUGACGAGCUGCAACUGUGCGAAUAGUUAAUAGUAUCUGAAUUACCGGAGCUAAUGAAAAUAAGACAGACCUGCGGGACAAUUUCAUAAACAAAAUUAACAACACUUAAACUCAUGUUUAAUGAAUUGCGACUAGGAAAUCGAGUGUGCAGCGUAACGUAAAAACGAAAUACGAAUACUGUGAAUAAAAAAGACUGGUGCAAGGGUUUUGCUGCGUGCAAGUGAUAGUUUUGAAGACGAGCGAAACUUGCUGUACAAUAAGUGGAGUGAUCGCUGCUAAAGCGGCGAACCUCCAAUGCUGCUGUCGAGAGCCAUCGGCUGCCGUGGAAACGCUGCGGGCAGCCGGGAGAGGACGCAAGCAACUUGGACAAGGUCACGAGGCGGCGGUGCAGACACGUCACGGCACAUUUCUCCGCAAUGGUAUCAGCAGACGGCGGGCGUGAAGUAAUUAACGGACGACAAAACUGCUACAACGCUCUAUGCGGUGGACUGGAAUUCACCAGAAGCGGCAAACGAACGAUAGUACAUGAUACGCAGCUCCAUGCAAUUCCUGGCUUUGGAAGACGUGCUACAGCAAAUGCCACUUCAAUAAUGAAACUCUACAUGUACAUGGAAGAACACAACCAAGACGGGACUAAUCUCUCGAGGCUAGGCGAAAAGCGUCCAUCUUUCGGGGUUGUCUCGGCGUCGAUUCUUGGGGCUGUACAUCGUGUGUGUGGAGCCCCAAAACGUGAGCAGACUGCUGUAUUCCACCAGCGGAGAAUUCCGCAGAGCAGGCCUGCGUGCGCCGUGGCGCCGCGCGGGCGGCGCGCAGGCGCGCCCGGCGGCGGCGGCGGCGGCGGCGGCGCGGCGCGGCGCGGCUGGCGCGGCGGCGGCCGGCGGCGCGGCGGCGGCGGCGGCGGCGGCGCGCGCGCACGGCGCGCGGCGGCGGCGCGGCCGGCGCGGCGGCGCGGCCGGCGCGCGCGGCGGCCGCGCGCGCGGCGGCGGCGGCGCGCGGCGGCGGCGCGCGGCGCGGCGCGCGGCGCCGCGCCCGCGCGGCGGCGCGGCGCGCGCGCGCGGCCGGCGCGGCGCGCGCGCGGCGCGGCGGCGGCGCCGCCGGCGGCGCGCGCGGCCGCGGCCCCGGCCGCGCGCGGCCGCGCGCGCGCGGCGGCGGCGCGCGCGCGGCGCGCCGCCGCGCGCCGCCGCGCGCGCGCGGCGGCGCCCGCGCGGCCCGGCGGCGGCCUGCCGCGCGCGCGCGCGGCGCGGCCGCCGGCGGCGCGGCGCGCGGCCCGCCCGCGCGGCGCGGCGGCGGCCGCGGCGGCGGGCGCGCGGCGGCGGCGGCGCGGCGGCCGCGGCGUCCGCGCGCCGCGGCGCGCGCGCCGCGCCGCCGGGCCCCCGGCGCGCCGCGCCGCGCGGCGCGGCGCGCCCGCGGCGCGCGCGCGCGGCGGCGGGCGCGCGGGCGGCGGCGCGGCGGCGCGCGCCGCGGCGGCGGCGGCGGCGCGGCGGGCGGCACCGGCGCCGCGGCGCCGCGCGGCCGCCCCGGCCGCCGCGCCAGGGCGCGCGCGCCGCGGGCGCGCGCGCGCGCGGCGCGCCGCGCGGCCGCGGCCGCCGCGCCGCCGCCGGGCCGCGCGCGCGCGCGCGCGCGCGCCGCGCGGCCGCGCCGCGGGCGCGCCGCGCGCGCGCGGCGCGGCGCCGCCGGCGGCCGCCGGCCGCCGGCCCGCCGGCGCGCGGCGCGCCGGGCGCGGCCGGCGGCACGUGCGCAGGCCUGGCGCGCGCCGUCCAGUAGGCGGCGUGCGCUAG